AUGAGAAUUAUAAAAUUCGAUACUCAUGUUUCUAAACUGAUUAUUUUUUCUCAAUUAUUCUUAGGUUGGUUUGAAUUACCGGAUGAAAAAAAUUGUAAUGUUUAUAUAAGCGGUCUUCCACUCGAUAUAACGGAUGAAGAAUUUGAAGAACUUAUGUUAAAAUAUGGAAUUAUUUCACCAGAUCCAAAUGAUCUACGAAAGAAAAAAAUCCGUUUAUAUAGAGAUGAACAAGGAAAUCCAAAAGGUGAUGGAAGAUGUCGAUAUGUAAGACCUGAAUCUGUUAAAUUAUGUAUUGAUAUGCUCGAUGAAACAGAACUUCGUUCAUCAAAAAUUCAUGUUGAACGUGCAAAAUUUGAAGUUAAAGGAACAUUUAAUCCAGAUUUAAAACGUAAAAGAAAAAAAUUAGAUAAAAAGAAAAAACAACUUGAAGUAGAUAAAUUACUUAAUUGGGAUGAACGUCCAGAAGUUAUUAGACAUAAAUAUGAAAGAAUUGUUGUUAUAAAAAAUAUGUUUGAUUUACAACAAUUUAAAAAUGAUCCAUUGUUUAUUGAUAGAUUACGAAAUAAUAUUCGAGAAUCUUGUAGUGAAUAUGGAGAAGUUAAAAAGAUAAAUAUUUAUGAUGGAAAUCCAGCCGGUGUUGCGACUGUUGGCUUUACGGAUAUAGAUCAAGCUGAUGUAUGUUGUCAAUAUAUGAAUGGUAGAAUUUGGCAUGGAAGAGUUAUUCAAUGUCAAACUUGGGAUGGUUCAACAAAAUAUGAUGUAGCAGAACCAGAAGAAUACGCAAAAGAAAGAAUUGAUGAAUGGCAUAAAUAUUUAAACGAAGAUGAUGAUGAAAAACAAACAUAG